AUGUACGCUGCCCAGAUCCAGCUGUUCCUCGGGGCAGUGCCUGGGCCUAGGCCACUCGCGGGCUCUGCGGGCAACAUCACAACCCUGGGCGUCAGCACUGAGUGCGGCCCGGUGCAGGGCGCCGGUCGGGAGUGCCGCUGCCUGCCAGGCUACGAGUGGAACGGCGUUGUCUGCGGCCAGUACGCCACCUGCGGGACCCUCCUCCUCUCCCCCUGCAGCUGUCUCCGCUGGACGGCCGAGAGCCCCGGAUACUGCCAGCCACCGCUCCCCAGCACCACAGCUGCCUCGCUGGGCGCGCGGGAGGCUUCCCGGAAGCGCUCCGAGACGCUGGCUUGCACUGCGAGCCCAACGUGGGGCUCCCAGCUAAUCCCAGCAGGGGGCGACCUCACCAUCUCCUUCAGCCUGGGGGCGGGGGCCACCGAGGUGACAUGGUACCUGCUCAGCCCCGACGGGAGCUUGGCAAGGGAGAUCCGCAAUGGGACACAGACGAUGCUGGUAACCAACGGCUCAGUGGCCGUCCUGAGAGUCAGCUCCAUCUCCGCGGACUGGGCAGGGGAGUACAUAUGCCGGUACGUCUAUGAGAACUCCCAGCUGCAGCUCAGACAGCAGGUCAGCGUCUCACUGGGCCCCGAAGACAUCGUCCCGACCCCGGCCCAGGUGUCCAUGAACUGCAGCUCCUCCGGCGGGAUUACCCUGCGGUGCUGUAUCAGGAACAGAGGCAAAGCCUAUCGAGUGUCCUGGGUCCCCGGCUCCAGAGCUCCAGCUGACCUGGUGGGUGACACGGACCCACUCUGCCAUUCCCUCCCCCUGGAGACCUGCCCCGCCCAGGACACCUCGUACCAGUGCGUGUUUGAGAGCGAGGGGCUGGGCGCGGCCCAGGCGGUGGUGACGGUGUCUGUAAUACAAGCUGGGGAUCCCUUCUGUCCCAGCAAUGACUCACAAGGCACGUGGACGGCUACCAAGGCAGGGCAGGUGGCCGAGAUCUCGUGUCCUGACAACAGAGCUGGGACAGUGCAGAGGAGCUGCUCUGCGGGAGGAGUCUGGGGAGAGGUGAUAACCAAGUGCACCCACGGGGAGCUCCUGGCUGGACUGCGCAGUGCUCAGCUGGUCCUGGCAGGGAUGGGCAACCCCCGGAGCGAGCUGGCGCGGCUGAUUGAGUGGCUGGGGGCGGAGACUCAGCCUGGACGGGGCUCUGUGAGCUCCGCCUCAGACCUGCUGGCUCUGGUGAUCACGGUGGACACCAUCUCCCGUAUUGCCGGGGACGCCGGCCUGCACCUCAGCAACAGCACCAUGGCCACUUUCCUGGCGGUCGUCAGCCAGAUGCUUGACUUCGAUCCCCAGGCCCUGUGGGCCAAGGCACAAGCUGACGUGCCCUCCGUGGCCUCCACGUUCCUGCAGUCCAUAGAGAACAUCACCAGGCGGCCGGUCCCCACGGACGGCAACUUCAGCUUCACCCUGCCCAACGUCGAGCUCCAAGGGGCCGUGUUCGGUCCGGAUUCGCUGACUGACUACAGCAAAACCUUCCAUGGGCAGCCCCUGCUCCAAGCCCACAUCAGCCAGGAAGUGCUGGAGCAGCUGGUGCAGCUGGGGGCCAACGUCACCGUGACCAGCAUGGCGCUGAAGAUGCUGGGCGGACUCCUGCCUGCGAACUACGGCCCAGGGCUGGGCAGCUCCAGCUACGUCCUCGGCAGCCCGCUGUUGUCCAGCAGCAUCAUGUCCCACAACGGGAGCGUGAGCCAGGCAGAGAUCGCCAUGACCUUUGGUCACAGGAACGAGAGGCCCCAGUGCGUGUUCUGGGACCAUGGCUUGUUCCAAGGGGAAGGAGGCUGGUCCUCCCAGGGAUGCCAAACCUCUGGCACAGGCACCACUACCAAGUGCACCUGCCAGCACCUGACCUCCUUCUCCGUCCUCAUGUCCAUCCAUAGCAUCACGGAUAGCUUUUGGCUGGACUUCCUGAGCCAGUUCGGGGUCUGCGCUUCCAUCCUGGCCCUGAUCCUCUGCUUGGGGAUCUACUACCUGGUCUGGCGGUUGGUGGUCAGGAAUAAGAUCUCUUACUUCCGCUACAUGACUCUGGUCAACAUCGCCCUGUCCCUGCUGAUGGCCAACGCGUGGUUCCUGGGCUCCACCUGGAUGACCCCGAGCCACGAGAACGAGCUCUGCGUGGCUGCCACGUUCUUCACGCACUUCUUCUACCUGGCCAUGUUCUUCUGGAUGCUCGUCCAAGCCCUCAUGCUUUUCCACCACCUGGUGUUCGUCUUUCACCAGCUGGCCAGAGCCUCCGUCACGCCUCUCCUGGUGACCAUCGGGUACCUGUGCCCACUCCUCAUUGCUGCCGCUGACAUAGCUGUUUACUACCCCAAGCGGGGCUACGUCCAGGCCACGGCCUGUUGGCUCAACGGGCACAAUGGGGCGAUUUACGCCUUCUCUGUGCCUGUCCUGGUCAUUGUCCUGGUCAACGUGCUGAUCCUUUUCGUGGUGGUGAUGAAGCUGAUGAGGCCGUCGUUGUCCGAGGGACCUAAGGGAGAAGAGAGGAAGACCCUGAUCAGCAUUCUCAAAGCCCUGCUCAUCCUGACGCCCAUCUUCGGCCUGACCUGGGGGCUGGGGGUUAUCACCAUGACAAGCAAGAGCUCUGACUUGUCCCAUUACGUGUUCGCCGCCCUGAACUCAUUUCAGGGUGUCUCCAUCCUGGUCUUUGGCUGCCUCAUGGACAAGAAGGUGCGGGACGCUCUGCUCGAACGCAUCCAGAAAGAGCUCACCUCCGUGGCUACCACCGCUCAGCCACACAAGGUGCGGCAGGUUCAAGGCAAGGCAGUCGUCCAGGCUGAAUAG